CUCCAGGCAGUGGGCGGCCUGGGGAAGGGGGCCAGAGGCAGUGGGCCUGGGAAUGGAGGCGCUUGUCUUGUGGGCAGGAAGUGUGAGGUGGCAAGCAGCUCAGGAGCCCUGGGGAGGCCGCUGGGUGGGAGGGCUGAGCGUGCGGUGGUGAGGGGAGCGGAAGUCGGAAGCACCGGCAGCCACAUUCUCCAUUCACUGGUGGACGGCCCUUGUAUCGGGAAGGUCUGCUUGCCCUCUCCCAGGGCCUUUGGAGGGUAGGCGUGUGGAUCCAUCCCGCUGCCCCUCCCAUCCGCCACCAGCGCUGCCCCAGACCCACACCAUGGGACUGUGAAGGCAGACACUUCUGGGGGCGCCAGAGCAGCUUGCACGCUGGAUGAUGGGAGACGACAGACUCUCAGAACACCCCAAGCCCAUGGAAUUUCUCAACCUCUAUUUGGGAGACAACCUGCAGCCUGGCCCAGGGGCGCACCUGAGGGACACGUGCAGCCUUCCCGACCCUCCCGAACCUCAUGGAGAACAGACCUGGGCCUUGGAGCCUCCCGAUUCUACGAGGCCAGAUGCUCCCCCUGGGGGCUCCAGCAUGGAGCCCCUGCAUUUGGGGAGUAGCUCCUCCCAGGAGGAGCCCAGGCACAAAGCAGCGCCCCCCGGGUCACCAGGGAACAGCCAUCCCCUGGGGAGCCCGAGGCAGAGCCAGAGCACGUCCACGCAGGUGGUGUUCUGGGCAGGCAUCCUGCAGGCCCAGAUGUGUGUCCUGGACCUGGAAGAGGAGCUGGAGAAGACAGAGGGGCUCAGGGCUGAGCUGAGGUGCUGCCUCCCCGCUGCCCCUGUGGAGCUCCCCGCUUUCCCCUCCAGCCCCGCAGGCCCCCAGGGCUCAGGCCUCCUCCCCAGCUCACCUGUGGAUGACUCACCAGUGGAUGAGGCCCCAGGAGGAGACAGCAGUGGCACUGAGGGGGAGAACCAGCACUCCCUGUGGCCCAGGGAGGGAAAGACAGACUCCUCCCCGGAGUGGGGUGCUGAGGAGGAGAGCCUGUUCUUUGACAAUCCCCUCUUUUUGGAGAGCCCUUGCUCGGACAGUGCUUCUGGAGCUCGCUUGUCCUGGGGGCUCUCAGACUCCUGCAUGGAUGUGGGACCCAAGCCCGAGUGUCCCCACAUCCUAGAGCCUCCUCUCCCAGGAGGGGGAGUCCUAUGGGAAUUGGACAGCGAGCUGGAUUUGGGGGCUGGCACAGCUGAUUCUAGCGGGCACACCACGCCUCCGUUCCCUGUACCCACCUACAAACCUCACUCUUUCUCGUGGCCUGUAGUGAAUGAGGCCACCAAGGGGACCCCUGAAGCACCUCCUGACUGUGGGGAGACUGAGACUUCUCUGGGGGACAGUCUUGGCCCCGCCCCAUCUGCAGCAUCCAGUGUGGACAAAGUAUUGACCUCGGAAACAGGACAAGUUGGAUCUGACUCCAGCUCUGCCAGGCAUCCUGUGCAACCUUGGGCCCUGCCCAGCCCAGAAGGCUGGCAGAUGGAAGAGGGUCCUUCCUGGCCUGGGGUGCCUCUGAUUUCCCAGGACGAAGGUGACAGUGAUGCUGAGUGUCCCCAGGAGUCUGCUCUGCGCACCUUGGCUCCUGGCCCCUGGGGGAGCCCAGCCUCAUCGCCGGAGCCCAGCAGCCCCGAGUCUGAGAGCAGAGGCCCUGGCCCCAGGCCCAGCCCUGUGUCCUCACGGGAAGGCAGCCCAUUGCCCCAGGGCCCCAACUGGUGCAGCAGUCUUCCCGAGCAGACGCUAGAAGCUUCAUGCCCUUCACUUUUGGAGACAGAUGGGGCAGAGCCAAGCUUUCCGGAGAAAGAGGAGGCAGGAGAGCCCCCACAGCCAGGCGAGGAAGUGAAGAGUGAAGGCCCAGCCGGGACUGCUAAGGCUGGAGCCGUCCAGCCUGGCGUGUGCUUGACCGCUGUGGCAGGCCUGCCAGCUGCUCCCUCCACCACUCCAGCUCCCCUGCUGAUCACCCCUUCCAUGACUGACCUGGAGGGACACUUGACCCAGUACCCCCACCUGUCCAUCCCUCGUGGAAGUCUGAGGACACUAUUGGACAUUCGCAGGCUUCCCGAGAGCCCCAUGCCCCAGGCGCAGUGCCCGGAGGAAGGCCAGAGGCCACAGACUAGAGACAAGCUGGCUAAUGGUGUCAGCAGCAACAAGGUGGCCUGGAACUUGGCCUCUCGCCUCUAUCACCUGGAAGGCUUCCGGAAGUCUGAAGUGGCCUCCUACCUGCAGAAGAACAAUGACUUCAGUAGGGCUGUGGCUGAGGAGUACUUGUCCUUCUUCCAGUUUGGAGGCCAGAGCUUGGACCGAGCCCUCCGGGGCUUCCUCCAGGCCCUGGUGCUCAGCGGGGAGACUCAGGAGCGGGAGCGAAUCCUCUACCAGUUCUCCAAACGCUUCCAUUACUGCAAUCCGGGGGCCUUCUCCUCUGCAGAUUCCGUUCACACCUUGACCUGUGCCAUCAUGCUCCUCAACACGGACCUGCACGGACAGAACAUUGGGAAGAGCAUGAGCUGCCAGGAAUUUAUCACCAACCUGAACGGCCUGCGAGACGGCGGGAACUUCCCGAAGGAGCUGCUGAAGGCCCUCUACUGGUCUAUCCGAAGUGAGAAGCUUGAAUGGGCUAUGGAUGAAGAAGACGCAGGCCGACCAGAGAAGGCGCAGGUGUCUCCCCCAACUGGCAAGCUGAGCAACCCUUUCCUGCAGCUGGCCCAGAACCCCACGGCGCCCACCUACAAGCAGGGCAUCCUGGCCCGGAAGAUGCAUCACGAUGCGGACGGCAAGAAGACGCCGUGGGGCAAGCGCGGCUGGAAGAUGUUCCACACGUUGCUUCGAGGGAUGGUCCUUUACUUCCUGAAGGGAGAGGAGCACUGCCCCCCGGCAGGGGAGAGUUUGGUGGGACAGAUGGUGGACGAGCCUGUGGGGGUGCACCACUCGCUGGCCACACCGGCCACCCAUUACACCAAGAAGCCGCAUGUCUUCCAGUUGCGGACUGCCGACUGGCGCAUCUACCUCUUCCAGGCUCCCACCGCGAAGGAGAUGAGUUCCUGGAUCGCGCGCAUCAACCUGGCCGCGGCCACGCACUCGGCGCCACCCUUCCCCGCCGCGGUGGGCUCCCAGCGCCGAUUCGUCAGGCCCAUCCUGCCUAUAGGUCCCGCCCAAAGCUCCCUGGAGGAGCAGCAUCGAUCCCACGAGAACUGCCUGGACGCCGCCUCCGACGACCUGCUGGAUCUGCAGAGGAACUUACCGGAGCGGCGGGGCCGCAGCCGCGAGCUGGAGGAGUACCGCUUGAGGAAGGAGUACCUGGAGUAUGAGAAAACCCGCUAUGAGACCUACGUGCAGCUGCUGGUGGCCCGUCUGCACUGCCCCUCGGAUGACCUGGACCUGUGGGAAGAGCAGCUGGGGAGGGAAGCCGGAGGCGCUCAGGAGCCCAAGCCCAGCCUGAAGAAGUCCCACUCCAGCCCAUCCCUGCACCAGGAGGAGGCCCCCACCACGGCCAAGGUGAAACGCAACAUCUCAGAGCGCAGAACUUACCGGAAGAUCAUACCCAAGAGGAACCGCAAUCAGCUCUGAAGCUGGGAUGGCUUCACAGACUCAGACCCCGAGUUCUGGGGUGUAGAAGUGGGGGAAGGGACCUGAGAUGAGACCCCAUGGAGGAGACUUGCUUUAGUGGGUCCGCACUGGGGAGGAGGCCCUCCCUUUCCUGCUGAAGGACAGCCCCUGCUCCUCUGCAGUCCUCCCUGCAGCUUUCCCGCUACUGCUGUGCCCACCCCCACGGCAACCCGCAGCUGCCCUCGUCCCUGCUCACUCCCAAGGGAGGACAGAGGUCAAGGGGUGGGCUGCACUCCCAUGUCACCCUUCUCUGUUCCACAGUCUAAAGUGGCCACAUUGCUUGGGCCUGGGGGCAGCUCAGCACUCAUUUGAGAAUCCAAGAACCCGCGGGCCCUGAGCUUCCAGAAGGGAGGCUGGGGCAGCAGAAGCCUCUGGGCAAUCAAGCCAGGGGAGCCACAGCCCUGAGGACAGUCUUGCUCUGGGAGUCAGGUGGCCUGGGGUGAGAGGUCCUGGGAGACCCCAGGCAGCCUCAGGUGACUGAGAGAGCAGGGUGGCUCGGCCCUGCCCCCUGAGAGGUAGGGCUCCUGGGGCUUCGAGGACAAACUCAGUGAUGCUGACUCUGGGGCCCCAGGCCUUUGUAUGCUUUCCCCCACAAUCACCCGUGCACCUGGGGCAGAUGGGAGAGGCCACACCCCACACACCCAAUUGCUAAUCAUCAGAGCAGAACCAUUGGUGGUCAGUGAAGGCCAGAGGGCAUGGGGCCUCCAGAGCUCUGUGGAGAGCCCUGGGAACAAGGGGCCUUUGUUUCCUCAGAGCAGGGAAGGAGGUCCCUCAGGUUCAGACCUGGGAGAGGCUGAGGGGCAAGAGGCCAUGAUAUAUCCCCUGGGGGCCCUCUUGGAAGGAGCUGGUCUGGGAGCUGUGAGGGCCGGGUGGAAGCCUGGCUGCCUCCCACGCAGCCCAUCCCACGAAGUUGCAUUCCCAAGGAGGGGCACCAGGGACCCUUCCAGAAUCCCUCACCCCCCUGCCAGCUCUCAGGGGGCUUUGCUGCCCUUCCUGGGAAGUCCCCCUGUGCUGCCCUCUGGCUGCCUCCCAGCUGGGCUCUGGGGGAGGUUCCGGACACUGAUGGACCUCGGGCUCUGCCUGUGGGAAGGAGGCUGGGAUGGAGAAGCAGCCACCAUUGUCUCUGUUCAGCCAAGUGUGCGAGCAGGCUGCCUGCCAAGAGGGGCCUCUGCUGCCCGGCUGCCGCCUGCUGGCUGACGCACGGCCUCUCCAGCCUUCCUGCUGGGGCCCCUCUCCUCCCAUCCAUGCUAGAAACCAGCCCUGGGGCCUGGAAGGCCACCAAGUGGGGCUGGCCCUUCAGAGACCACAGGGGUUGUCUGGACAGGGCUCAGCUCAGGGCAGGGCCGGGUACUCAGUCAGUGUACAGUAACUGCAGGCCAGUGAAGAAGGAGGUGUGCAUGUGUGUGCGAAAAACCGAGGGUCAGGGGGAUUGGCGCAGCUGGGACCCCCUGCAGGAUCCCAGGCUGGGUCUCCCUUUGCCCGGGCACCUGUGCGCGUCUGAAUGUGUGUGUCCGUGUCCGUGUGCGGGUGUGGAACACUGUGUGCAGGCUGUCAGAGCCUCGGGACCUCGGAAUCAUUUGUUCACCCACUCACUCAUUCGUUCAUUCAUUCAUUUCACAACUGAUAUUGAUCACUUUUUAUGGAACCUGCCUCUGGCCUCCAGGAGGUAACAGCCUGUCCUCUGGUUCCUUGCUGUUAGGGCAGAGGCACACUUCGUCUUGCUGGAGAGGCAUGCAGAAGACACAUUCCCACUCUGCUCAGGGAUUCGGAUUCAGUAGGUUGGGGUCAGAGGCACGGAUAAAUAUUUUUAAAGCAGCUUGGGUCACUGAUGUGCAGCUAAUAGGUGAAAACCUAGUAUCAGAUCGAGGUGACUUGCCCCAGGACUGAUACAAGCUUGGCCUUGAGUGGGUUAUUUGACCUCACUGAACGUGUAUCCUUCUUUCUAAAACCAGAAUAAAAGGCAGAGGUUUGUCUGCAUUUUUGCAUGUA